AUGCCUCUCGCAAGCCUCCGCGACCUCUCCCGCUUCCCUACCUCCACCCUCCUCCCCGCAAUCACCUCCACCACUGCGAGCAAUACCUGCACCGACUCUUCGUCUGCCACCUCACUAGAUCUCGGUCUCGGCCCCUCAACCCAAACCAAGAAAUGGUGCUUCAUCGCCGAGAUAAUCAAGGUUUCGCAGAGUGAAGAGUACCAUACCGAUCUCGAAGUCCAGGAUGCUACGGGGAGCCGGAUUCGCGUCGUGAUUACUGCUGCUGUCGAGGGGUUCCCGCGCGAGGGGUUGAGUGUUGGAAAUGUGCUUUUGGUCCUUGGUGCGGCGAGGAGAGCCCUCAAGGAUGGGAGUGUUGGUGUUGAGGUGGAUGAUGUUGCAAAGGUCAAGACCCUCCCCAUCCAAAUCGACCAGUUUAUGAACCUCAACCGCAACGUCCUGCACUACAACUCCGUCGAAGACGCCAAGGGGCUUUGCAAUGGCUGUCUACGUCGGAAGGCCUCACUCCACCGGUGCUCUGGCUGCCGACUCUUCUGGUACUGCACCGAUGCCUGCCAGAACGAAGGCUACAACAAAGUCUACCACAAAGAAAUCUGCAAGAUUCUCCGUGACGCUGAUGUGCAGGCUCUUUUCCGCGGAAACUGGGAUGCACUUGAUAUCUUUCAGUCAUUUAGCCUGCAGAGGCAGAAGGAGGCUCAGUGUGAUAAGGAGUCGCAUGUGGCUUUUGCUCUUCAGGAGAUGGGGCAAUUUCUCAAGAGCUAG